AGCAAGUUAAAGCGAAUGCGUAUAAUAAAAUUGCGUCGAUGGUGUUAAAAGGUGUUAAUAUAAAUUUUAUUGUGAAUACUUUGAUAGUUCGAUAACAAAUAUGUAUCGUAGAACGUAUAUAUAAAAUUAUACGUUGCUUUAUUACGGUGUCACCGUCACAUUUGGUUCUUUUGUGAAAUUCAUUCUGCAUCAUUGUAAUACUGUGAAUAAUUAAAAGAACAACGUUGGUCGAGGAGAUCUAUUUAAUUUUUGGUAUUAUUAUCUUAAAAAUCCUGGUUACAUACAGAAAUUUCUUUGAUAUAAUUGUUUUACGUAAUACAUUUGAAUUACGUAAAAUAAAUUAAUAAUCAUAAAACUUGUAUCAACGGUGAAUACUUUUUUUAGUUUAGGGCACUUUUGAUAUCAAUUUUCCCAAAACUAGUUGAAGAUUUAUAAGGCAACAGGUAUGGAAUUCUAUGGAAUUCUGAAAUAUGAACUAUUGACAUUCGAUAUCCUGAUACUUUAUUGAGAAGAAAAACACUGUAUCUAAUCAUUAAUAAUAUCUGAUCACUUUAGAAGAAAAUAUUUUUUUAUUAAAUUAACCUGUAUAUAGUGAGAAAACGAAGAAAAAGGGGAAAGAGAAAGAGAAAGAGAGAGAAAGAGAGAAGAAAAGCAAAUAUUCAAAAAUGUAUAGUAAAUUAGUGCGGUUGAAUCUGACGAUGCAUAAAUCGAUAGACAUCGAGUUUUCUGAUGUGGUGUACGAAAAGCCAAAUGGAUUUCUUGGUCAAAAAAAACAAAUCCUUAAAGGGAUCAACGGAUAUUUCAAAUCCGGUGAGAUGUCAGCUAUAAUAGGUCCAUCGGGAGCUGGGAAGUCUACGUUAUUGAACAUAUUGACGGGAUUUAAACAGGAGAAAAAAUUAAAAGGCAAGAUAAAUUAUCUCGACAAAAAAGGAAAUAAAGAAUCCUGGACGAAACAUAGAAAGUAUUCCUGUUAUAUAUUACAAGAAGAUUAUCUUCCUAAUUUAUUUACGGUGAAUGAAUUAAUGAUGAUAUCAGUGAAUUUGAAGAUAGGUGACAAUCUGAAUCAAAAGAUGAAACAGAUUUUGAUCGACAAUAUUUUAAAUACAUUGGAUUUGUUGGAAGAUAAGAACAAACGUACGGAUAUACUGAGCGGCGGACAAAAGAAAAGAGUUAGUAUCGCGUUGGAAUUGGUCGAUAAUCCUUCAAUUAUGUUUUUAGACGAGCCUACGACAGGUCUCGAUUCUUAUUCAUCCGUUCAAUGCAUUAAAAUGCUUAAAAAUCUAGCGAGAGAUAAUAAGACGAUAAUAUGUACAAUUCAUCAACCUAGCGCUACUAUUUACGAGAUGUUCGAUCAUAUUUAUUUGUUAGCCGAUGGACGUUGCAUGUACGAUGGAACGUCUAAAAACACAGUCGACUAUUUUGCCAAAUUAGGUUUACAUUGUCCAAAAUAUCAUAAUCCCGCGGAUUUUAUAAUAGAAGUCGUUAGCAAUGAGUAUGGAAACUUCAACGAUCAACUCGUAGCAAUAGUCGAGAAUAAAAAAGAUAUCUCGCGAGAAAACUCCAUGAAAAAAUUGUCGAUAAUCGAAGAGAACAAAGAAGAGAAAAUAGUCAUCCUAAUAAACACACCGUCCGAAUUUAAGAGAUUAUUUAUUUUAUUAAAUCGCAGCAUCAUACUAUUUCACAGAGAUUGGACAUUAUUUUAUUUUAAGAUGCUCGUACAUGUUUCCUUAAGUAUACUUAUAGGUGUAUUCUAUAUAAAUUUUGGUAACGAUGGUAAUCUAAUUUUAAAGAAUAUAAAAUUUCUUGCUGGCAGUAUUAUUUAUCUCUCCUUUUUCAGCGUAAUACCAGCUGUAUUGAAAAUUCCUCUAGAACUGAAAAUAUUAAAAAAGGAGGAAUUUAACAAUUGGUAUAAUCUGAGAACUUAUUAUUUAGCUUUGGUAAUAGUCGAGAUAUCUAUCCAAAUAUUUUUCACUUUCUCUUACUGUUCCAUUUCGUAUUUUCUCAGUCAACCUCACAAAUCAUUUAGAUUUUUCAUGUUCUUUGGGAUCAAUACUCUGAUAACAAUCAUCGGUAAUAGCUUCGGAUUGAUUAUCGGUUCUUUGCUCACUCCCGUGAAUGGUAUCUUCAUAAGUUCAAUAAUUCUAGCAAUAUUUAUAUUGUUCCAGGGUAGUUUAAUUCUGUUAAAUCACAUACCAAAAUACUUCUAUUAUUUUACUUACUUCAGUUACAUGAAGUACGCCUUUGAAGGUUUGAUUCAAUCGAUCUACGGAUACAACCGUGAGAAACUUGAUUGUCCUAAUAAUAUAUAUUGUCCAUUUCGUAUACCGAAAAUAAUAAUAAAAGAAUUGGCAUUAACAGAUGAACAAUAUUGGCUCAAUCUGUUCGUUCUAAUAAUCUUCUUCAUUUUCUAUCAAAUUCUUGCUUAUUACAUGUUGAAAAGGAAGCUAUCGAGAACAUGAAAAAAGUAGAUUUAUCAGUUCGAACAAAAUAUCACAAUUUUCUUUGAAUUAAUAUUAUUCUCAUAUUGAUCAUGAUCUUCAUAUACGAGCUUAAAAUAUAAAUAAAAUAGAAUAAACAAAAGAUUUGAUCAUUUUU